AUGAACGUUGGACACUUGGUGCCGUGGCUGUACUUCGUGUUGGUGAGCUGUGGACCAGCAAAUCGUGGUCGAAACGACAUUUCUCUGAACACUAAAAAACUCAAUGAACUAGGAAGCCAAGGACAGUUGCUCUUGCGUCAUAUCGCAAUAACAACGCACAGUUGUGGAAUUAAGGAUCAGCCGAAGUUUCGCAGAAAGUUGCUGCGCCAGAGUCCAGUGAGCUGCAAUGACGGAAGUCCGGCGGGUUACUACAUACGCAAGUCACACGGGAGUAGCAAGUGGCUGGUUUUCCUUGAAGGCGGGUGGUACUGUUUCGAUAAAACCAGCUGCAGGCAGAGAUUUCGUAUGAUGAAUGAAUACAUGAGCUCCCGGAAGUGGCCACGUCACAGGAAAGGUUCCGGAAUUAUGUCUUGGGAUCCUGAAGAGAAUCCGUAUUAUUUCCACGCUAAUAUGGUAAUAAUACCAUACUGCUCGAGCGAUUCCUGGAGUGGGACAAAAAACGCUUCUUCACGAGAGGAGUUUUCAUUUAUGGGGUCGUUAAUCCUCGAAGAGGUAAUCAAAGAACUUAUGCGGAAAGGGCUGAGGAACGCACAGAAGUUGUUACUUUUAGGAAGCAGCGCUGGUGGAAUUGGAGUCUUGAUCAACCUGGAUCGAGUAGCAGAGGUUGUGCACAUGCGAGCUCCGGGCGUGGAGGUUCGAGGCGUGGUGGACGCAGGCUGGUUUCUUGACAACGAACCUUACAAGCCACAGACGUGCACAAACGCCUUCUCCUGCUCCCCGACACUAGGGAUAAACAAAGGCAUCGAUUACUGGUCUCCACGGUUACCACCCGACUGUGUCGCGCAGUAUCCCACAGAGAUCUGGAGGUGCUACUUUGGACACAGGAUCUAUCCCCAUCUCAAAACCCCACUGUUCAUACUACAAAACCUGUAUGAUGCUGCUCAAAUUAAGGUCGACAACGUGUUUGAUGACAAUGGGCGUGGCGCGGAGCUGUCUAGUGGUCAGUGGUCGUACCUUCUAAAGCUGGGGGAAGAGGUCAAACAGACUCUGCAGAACGCAACAGCUGUGUUUGCACCAGCUUGUGUUUCUCAUGACGUAUUAACAGAAAGUGAGUGGUACAAGAUAAAGAUCCAGGGUGUCACCCUUGCUCAGUCCUUGUACUGUUGGGAAGAAAGCAGCGGCACAAGCAGUGGAUGCCACCAUCAACUAUUCAGCACAAACAGAGCAAACAGUGCAUCCUCCAUCAACCGAAGUGACAAGCCCCUGUCUGACGAACCUCCAUCGAGUAAUCGCAGACGUCAGAAAGGCAAACGAAAACGAAGAAGAAACAGGAAAAAGAAUAGAGGUCGAAGAGGGAAGAAAAACCGAGACCGAAGAGCAGCGGCUAAAACGAGCUGUCGUCACCAUCUACUGGACGAGUGUCCCUGGCCUCACUGCAACUGUUCGUGUCCCAAGUGUCGCUGGGACACCAUGAACGAAGUAAACAAAUAUUUCAUGAGAAGUAUCGCCAGUGUGAUGGGCAUUGAUCCCAGGAAGCUGGAGAACGUUCAUCUCUGUGGAUACUGA